AUGAUCACUGCUAACAGAUCUAUAGUUAGAUUGCAACCAGCAAUUCGCCAUACACUCAAAUAUUCAUCUCUUACCUCGAUAAAAUCAUAUCAUCAUAGAAAAAUGUCACAACCAGUUACAAUCACCUACACUCAAGAAAGAAAGAAAGAAUUAACUGCUCAAUAUACUCACAUCAACCAAUUGAUCCAAACAGAGCAAGAAAAGAAAAAUCAAAAUGAACAUGUGUUACUACUACCUGUAUCUAAAUUAAAACCCGCAAGCGAUAUCAAAAUAUUAUAUGAUACCUUACACAUUAAAGAAUUUGGUGAAAAUUACGUUCAAGAAUUAAUGGAGAAGAGUAAAUUAUUACCAAAUGAUAUUAAAUGGCAUUUUAUUGGUGGAUUGCAAACGAAUAAAUGUAAAGAUUUAGCAAAGAUUCCAAAUUUGUAUUGUGUAGAGACCAUUGACUCAUUGAAGAAGGUUAAAAAAUUGAAUGAGUCAAGAUUGAAAUUUUCCGAAGAUGCUGAUCCUAUUAAUUGUUAUAUCCAAAUUAAUACUUCUAAUGAGGAACAAAAAUCAGGGCUUCAUGAGGAGAAUGAAAUCUUUGAAAUUGUGGAAUACUUCCUGAAUAAAGAUGGUAAAGAAAAACCAUUAAUGCUCAACUUGGUAGGGUUGAUGACAAUUGGUUCAUGGAAUGUGUCUCAUCAAGUUGAUCAUGAUAAGGAUAACGAAGAUUUUACGGCAUUAGCUAAUUGGAAAUCGAAGAUUGAUUCCAAAUUUGGAACUGAUUUGAAAUUGUCAAUGGGGAUGUCGGCUGAUUAUAAACAAGCUGUUAGACAAGGGAGUACAGAAGUUAGAAUCGGUACUGAUAUCUUUGGUAAUAGACCUCCAAAGGAUGAAGCUAAAAUCAUUUAA